AUGGGGAUAUUACUGCCGAUACCUGUCACUUCUGUGAAGAAGAUUACUGCAGAGACUAUACUGGACUUAUGUACAUCAGUGCUUCGAGUCAUUAGCGACAAGAAACUUCAAUGGAAUAUCUUCAAUUUCCAAUUGCUAUCCAAGCCUCAAAUAUCUAGCACCGCCAUCGAAUCUGAUCAGCUUUCGAAUGUCGCAACGUGGUAA